AGCAGCAGCAACAGCAGCAGGUCCUGCUGUAGGCAGUGCAGGUGUAGGUAGGUCAGAACUCUACACAGCCCAGCACCCAUCGUCAGCAGCAUCGUAACCGUUACGCGGUGCAGUGAUGUUCCUUCGCUUCUGCACGCCAUCGCUUCGCUCUAAGCCUAUCCAGCACCAUCAGCACCACCACCGCCACCAGCACCACCACCACCACCAACACCACCACCAACAACACCAGCAUUAGCAAUAGCCAGCCGCAAUCAUCAGAAGCAGCAGCAGCAGCUCCGAAAGACGAACUUGGAAGCGAAAGACAAAGAGCUCCACCUGCCCGAGACCUGCCCUGCCUAGUGGCCAUGGUUGCACAGUGAAAUCGCGCAGUAGUGUUCCGGCGACCACCGCAGGUAGCGAAUACCUGUACCUGUGUGUGCGUUCGUGUUUGUGUGUGUGUGUGCGUGCGUGUGUGUGCAUCAAUCUCUAGUGGUAGCGGCUAGGCACAGCAGGCGAGGAGGACUCGCGAGGUAGAAUACGGGGAAACCAAUGGUUUGCAGACCCUGAAGGCCUGAGACCAUGUUUUGUCCAUCCAUUAGCCUACUAGCGGGGGUUCCCUACCCCCCCCAUCUUCUACCCCAGCACUCUACUCCCAUCAUCUUCUCGAUUCUCGUUCGGCCUCUCACUGCCUCGCUCUCUCUCUUGUCUCCUUGUCGUUGAAUGGCCGCUACACUGUCGUCCUGUUCACGCUCGCACGGUUAGCUCCUCCGCCUAUAGACUGACUUUUCACCCGAAUGGCGGAUGGUCUGCACCUGUAGCCUGCACCUGUAGCCUGCUGCCGCCGCCGUCGCCACGGGCCAAGAUGGAUGCUGGACACUGACACCUCGCUGAGUAGUGUCAAAAAAAAAACCGCGAACCUAAGCGUCUGUAUAGAGCGUAGGUUUCCUGGGAGACAUUUGCAGCAUCGCAGCACGAGUGCAGCUUUGCGAGCCCCUCCCCGCUCGCUGUUGAGAACGCAAUCCCUCUGCACUGCACUACACAGCAGUAGUGGUAGUAGUAGAAGUAGUAGUAGUAAUAGUAGUAGCUGGCGAGAGUAGCGAGCACCGGAGCACCGCUUGGCCGUAUCUUGGGCCGUCAGCCUACCAGGCAUCACCGCACACAGCAUGGAUGCGUUCUUUCGCAUGAGGCGAUCGUCGCACACGUCCGCGUUCGGCAACCAGGAACCGCUGAUCGUGGUGGAGGAGUCGGAGAACUGCGAGAAGGCGGAGGAGACGAGCACCGCAUCGUCGCAGCGCCAGAGCCUCGACAUCGAGUCACCGGAAAACCCGUACCUGCUGUCGCCGUGGCGCGAUGCACGGGAAACGCGCAAACACUCGCUACCGACGCCACCGUGCACGAGCGGCAUCACCGCCAGCCAGGUACGGCGGCUGUCGGAGCGGGGCGGCGAAGGUUCGGGCCCGUCGCCCCGCGAACAGGCCUUCCUCGCCACGCUCUACAGCACACCGGCACCGCAACCGGGCGGCCGGCGCCACUCGGUCGUCACGAUUAGCCGCGUACCGCCGACCAUGUUCGGGCGGAGCCGGCGCGAAUCGAUCGCCGCGGUACCGGCGGCGGGCGGCCAGAGACCGGCGUCAUACUCGCGGCGCGAGAGCAACAGCGGACCGCCACCGUCGACGGAUCACCGCGGUAGCAUACACAACCUGCAGCUCGACAUCAUGGACGAUAUCGUGCAGGCGCGCAAGGCCCGCAUGAAGCUGUGGAACACGAGCAACGAGCGGGUGUGCGAGGUGCAAACGCUGGACGAGGCCGGUACCGGGUCGAGCUCACCGAUGCGCUACACCAACCGGCGCUACUCGGACUUUGUCGGUACCGCCCUCCCGCCGAUCCAGUCGUUCCGGCGUGCCUCGGAGCUGCCGGUUUCCCCCUCCUCGGGAGCGAUUGCCGCCGCCACUGCCGCCUCCCUAACGCCGAUUGCGAUCGGUGAGGGUGGUGGGUCGGUGGGGGCGUCGGCAGCGACGGCGGCUGGAUCGUCCGCCACGUCUGCCAAACCGAAAACCGGCCGGAUGGGCAUCGUGUGCACCAACACCGAUCUGAUCUCGCUGCUCUCGUCGCUCGCCUCGUCCGCCACCGAGAUCAACCGGUGCGGCGAGAAGGACGCCCCCAGUCCGCUGACACCGCUUACCGCGCCCUUCAAAUCGCUGCUCAAGACACCGACCGGGGCGACGACGUCGGUCGCAUCACCCACCGGUUCCAGUGUGACGUCCGGGUGUGACGUCACGGGCGGCGUAGCACCCGCUUCACAGGGGUUGUUGCAGUUACCAGGAGCCGCCACAACCACAGGCGAGAAGCUGCGAAAGAACCGCUCGAACAGCUUUGACAGCUCGCUGUACCACAGCAUCAAGCAGCUGGCGACGGGUGGUGCUGGUGGUGCACUGUCACCGGGCAACGCGACCGAUACGGAGCGCUCGUCGGUCGAGCCGGGCUGGUUUACCAAGCGCCACCAGCCGAUGGCUCGCCGCAAAUCGUCUCUGAAGAGCCCGAGCGCCACCCUUACGUUCGCCAACGAGGCGUUGGAGAAGCUGCGGCGCGAGACGCGCUCCGCCACCGCGCGCGUUACCAUCCUCGAUCCACCGAAGCAGUCGGAGCACCACGCCGGUGCUGGCAAACCGUCGGUGACAUCGUCGUCGUCGUCGUCGACGUCGUCGUCGUCGGCCAAAGCGUCGUCGGCGGCCAAGGAGUCCCGGUCGCCGCUCAACAAACUCAAAUGGGACGGCAGGAGUGCGAUCGUCGAUGCGCGCAUGAUCGGUCACGCGAUCGAGAACUUCAUCACCGGUUCGUCGUCGUCGUCCUCGGUCGGUGCUGGGUCCGGGUCCGCCGGCUCGGGCUCGGCACCGCCGACCGGUACCGGCACUUCGCUGCUGUCGAAAAAAACACUCAUCGGUGGUGGUGGUGGUGGGAAGGAUGGAGGGGCGGGGGGCCGCUCGGCCUCCAAGAAGUCCUCCACCUCGAGCUGGUUCGGCAAAGCCACCGAUGAUGACGAUUCCAACGACACGUGCGACUCGUCGCUCUGCUCCACCCUAAAGGAUCUGUUCGUGAAGUAAGCAAUCGCCCAUCAAAUCGACGCAAGACAGCAAGACAGAGGAGAGGAGGAGAGUGCCAUGGCCAAGUGCCAAAAAACACACAAACACGCACACGUACACGCAAGUGGCACAUUCACAUACUGUCGGCUUCGGUUGUAAGUUUCUAAGCUUCGACUUCAUAACACAUACCGGCCCCACCGAGAUCUACUGUUACCCACCGAGAAAGAGAGAACGAAAGAGAGACAGAGAGAGAGAGAGAGAGAGAGAGAGAAUGACGAAAAGAACGAAUGAGCCUGCGAGUGCUAAUUGCUCGAGCUCUCAUCGCUGCACCUAGCGGCAGGAAACCGAACUGAAGUGAAUACUAAUUAAUAUUUAGACUAACACACUUUACUAGCACAUCACAACACACACAUGCAUACACACACGCACGGGCACUCACCUGGCUCCCUCUGUCUUGCUGCUGACUUUGCCAAUAUCAUUAAAAAAAAACAAACAAACAAAGAGAUCUGCUAACGCGAUGACGCUGAAGAUGGAGAAAAAAAAACAGUAGUAGUAAUAGAAGAAGAAGAAGAAGAAGAAGAAGAAGAAGAAAAAGAAGAAGAAGAAGAAAAAGAGGAAGAAGAAGAAGAAACGACCGAGGUGGUCGCUUCCAUCCGAGAGAGAUCAACUCAAUCUCCACCGAAAUGCUGAGGAAGGUCUACGACCGUGUGUCUUGCAAACCGUAACGUAAACGUAAAACACAAAAACAAACUAAAAAAAACAGAAGAAAAAAAAACCAAUCCCACCAAUGUGAAGCAAAGCCUUUUUGUGAGAUGUGAGAGGAGGAGGAGGAGAAGAUCGAGAAGAUCGCAGCAGAAUCGUUCGAAUUAUCGUGAGAAUUAUACUCUUAAGGGUCUCUCUUUAUCGUAACCAACCCCGCGUGAUCGCGCCCGCACCCCUCUUCUACUCUCCUACCAUCGGGCUCUCCGGUUUAAAAGGCGAGUGUCCGAGCCAUCGAAAGGGGCCUCUGGGCGUGCGGAGCUGCGUUCCUCGACCUUGCGUCUCAUCAGCGUUGUAAUCCGAGUCCGACUUCGAGGCCAUAUAUCGCAGAGCAAUAUAACAGAGCGAGGGAGAGAGAGAGAGAGAGAGAGAGAGAGAGAGAGAGAGAGAGAGAGAGAGAGAGAGAGAGAGAGAGAGAGAGAGAGAGAGAGAGAGAGAGAGAGAGAGAGAGAGAGGGAACCCCCUAAGUUUACUAAACUCGACACUCACCGCACGUACGCACGCACACACACACAUGCAGAAACUGGGUUAAAGGAAACCUGCAAUCUGCGUACGCAAAAGGUGCCAGAUGCCAGGUGUCGGCCACACCGAGAUGUGAGAACCGGGUGUAGGUGGGGUACGAACCAUUGUUGUCACGUAAUACAAACACACACACACACACAGACACACAAAACUCGGCCCUGUCAGAGGGAGGGGGAUCCUGCGGAGGCAUUUCUUAAUAAUAUAUACAUAAUAUUUAAGCUGUACGGGUUUUCUAGCGGCACUCCGGGGGACGGGCGCUGGGUGAAACAGUCUCCUCCCUCGGGCAACACUCCCCCUCCCGUACUUUCACCACUACCUACACUCCAGCAGCUUCCCUCUCCGAUGCCCAACACCGUCGUCCCAAACCG